GAACAGAACGCCACACCAUCGAACACCGGCGAACGGAGCGGCAUUCGCUGACAGACGUGCGCCGAUGAAGCAGUAACAAAUAACUGGGCCCCGCGUAGAGAGAGAGAUACACACGACAGGCAGGCGGCAGGCAUCCCGAAAGGUGUAUACUAUAUAUCCAAGCCCAGUUGAUUAAUAGGAAUAAUCACGAAAACCAAAGAAUGGGUGGCUGUUGCUCAAAGGAUCUGGACGACAAGCGCUCCUGGAGCCCCGAGGAGACCAAGAAUGGCAGCACCACCUCGACCAUCAUUGCCCAGCCGCUGGAUGAAGUGGGCACCACCGGCGUCUUCACGCUGACCCGCACCACCACCAGCACCACGCACCAGGAGAAGACGGUGACCACCACCAACAACGAGCAGGAGGAUUAGCUGCCAACCAAAAUGAAUAUGUAAAGCAUUUUUUUUUUUUGAACACCUUCCUUUGGUUGAAACAAUUUCAAUGCCAUGCGUGUGCUUGUGUGCUGUGAAAGUGUGUGAAUACUGGCAAUUUACAUACCAGAACAAUGUGAAUAUGAAUAUGAAUCAAGUUAAGCUGUUAACGAGUAAUUAUUAAUUGUUAUGCGCCUGAAUUCCAAUUUCGUAAUAAAUUGUUGAAUCGCUAAA